GUGAGAAAUGGAAGGAGGGAGGGAGGGACUAAUGGAAGGAGGAUACAGCUCACUACGAUUACUCAGCAUAAGGCCUGUUGUCUCUCUCUCUUUCUCUCUCGUUGAGAAACCCUGUUGAGCAUCAUAUUGCUACACAUCUCUUUGGCAACGCUGGGAGCCACACAUGAGUCCCUGCAGCAAGCACUCUGGACUGGGAUAUCUCCGAACACACACGGGCAAACGGACGCAAAAAUAGUCACCGAUCUUGGCCAACCACAGUAUACAAAUUGCCAUUCCCCCUCUCCCCAACAGCCAAUCAAAAAAAGAAGGAAAAAAAGAAAGCUCUGCUCCAAACCUAUCACACUGGAGGAAUGACAUCACCUGUUGCUAGGCAGAAACCUGUUAGAGACAGGAAGCCUGGACCUGAUAUCAUGGUCACCAUGGAAACUGAAUUACUUAGGGGUGAGGUUGAAGGGGAGAGAUCUGAAUGUGUUGUGGAUAGGGAAAGAUUGUCUCGUAGGUUUGGGCUUUUUUGGGGUGAUUCUUCAUGUGUGUCUCAGCAUGUCCUAGUGAUAAGCUACUAUAUAAAGGCAAAUCAAUGUCGAGCAGAGAUAUUUUGCGCGGAGUAAUGUAAAAGUGCUCGCAAAAGCAACAUACGCAAAAGCAAAUCAAACAGCGCGGCUGUUUGAUUUGCACAUGCGGGACCUCUACACAUGAUGGUGAACCUAACCCAUUCAAAGGUCACUGAUUCACAAAAUUCUUCUUGAAUUGUGAAUUUGUCAGUGUGUGUGCAGAUAUGUUUUGUUUGUAUCCCUCUUGGCAUGUGAAUUUUGCUUGAUUUUUUUUAAUAGUAAUAAAUUAGCUAACAUCUCAGGCUUCUGUAUUUCCCUCCUCUUUUUUUUCUCUCUCUCUCUCUCUCUGUCCCAUCCUCCUUCUCCAUCUCUCAGGCCUCAGUGGGGAUCCGGCAGACAUGGAGCGUCGGUACCAAACGUUUGGCCAAAACUUCAUCCCGCCGAAGAAGCCCAAGACCUUCCUGGAACUUGUGUGGGAGGCCUUACAGGACGUCACACUCAUCAUCCUGGAGGCCGCCGCCAUCAUCUCGCUCGGCCUCUCUUUCUACCAGCCUCCCGGAAAGGAUAGCGAAUCUUGUGGAGAAUUGUCGGGGUCCGCAGAGGAUGAAGGCGAGGGUGACACCGGCUGGAUUGAGGGUGCGGCCAUCCUGCUUUCUGUUGUGUGUGUCGUCCUGGUGACGGCGUUUAACGACUGGUCCAAAGAGAAGCAGUUCCGGGGCCUACAGAGUCGGAUUGAACAAGAACAGAAGUUCACUGUGGUGCGUAAAGGAAAUGUCAUCCAGAUCCCUGUGGCUGACAUGGUGGUGGGGGACAUGGCUCAGGUCAAAUACGGGGACCUGCUGCCAGCUGAUGGUAUCUUGGUCCAAGGGAACGAUCUGAAGAUAGAUGAGAGCUCUCUUACAGGAGAGUCUGACCACGUAACCAAGUCUGUGGAUAAGGACCCCAUGCUGCUCUCAGGUACUCAUGUGAUGGAGGGCUCCGGAAGGAUGCUGGUGACAGCUGUAGGUGUCAACUCACAGACGGGCAUCAUCUUCACCCUACUGGGUGCUGGAGAAAUAGAGGAAGAAGGGAAGGACAAGAAAGGAAAACAACCUGAUGGAGCUGUGGAGAACAAUCAGAACAAAGCCAAGAAGCAGGACGGGGGUGUUGCCAUGGAGAUGCAACCCCUAAAAAGUGCAGAGGGAGGGGAGGUAGAGGACAGAGAGAAGAAGAAGACCAGCGUUCCGAAGAAAGAGAAGAGUGUGUUGCAGGGCAAGCUCACCAAACUAGCUGUUCAAAUUGGCAAAGCAGGUUUGGUGAUGUCGGCCAUCACCGUCAUCAUCCUAGUGCUGUUCUUCGUCAUCAACACGUUUGUCGUUGAAGGUCACACGUGGAUGGCAGAGUGCACUCCGGUCUACGUCCAGUAUUUUGUCAAGUUCUUCAUCAUCGGAGUCACUGUGCUGGUGGUGGCUGUCCCAGAAGGCUUACCUCUCGCUGUCACCAUCUCUCUGGCUUACUCUGUCAAGAAAAUGAUGAAGGACAACAACCUUGUACGCCACCUGGAUGCAUGCGAGACCAUGGGCAACGCCACGGCCAUCUGCUCCGACAAGACCGGCACCCUCACCACCAACCGCAUGACUGUGGUGCAGACUCACAUAGGUGAUGUGCACCACCGUGUGGUCCCGGACCCUGGACAGAUAAACCCCCGGACACUGGAUCUAUUAGUCAAUGCUAUCGCUAUCAACAGCGCCUACACCUCCAAGAUCUUACCGCCUGAUGUGGAGGGGGGUCUGGCUAAGCAGGUGGGCAACAAGACAGAGUGUGGCCUGCUGGGAUUUGUAUUAGACCUGCAGCGGGACUACGCCCCUGUCAGAGAGCAGAUCCCUGAGGAGAGACUGUACAAGGUAGGGAACCAUGCACCGCAUCCACCAUCACUAGUUACAGUUAAGAUUAAUAUAUAUUGAUAUUUGAUAUACAUCCUGCAUACAUAUUUCCCAAAAAUUUGAUGAAUAGAUAAACAAAAUGCAAUAGAAGAAUUGUACAUCAAGCCUCUACAUAUUUUGCAAUGUGCCAAUAUUACACAUUUGAUAUUACAGUUUGAAGGUCAAGUGGUAGCUUGACCAAUCCUAAGAACUGGUCCGUGGUGGGUAGAGUAGACAAAAAUGUACUCAAGUAAAAGUACUGUUACUUUGCAAGAAAGCACUUAAGUAAAAGAAAAAGUAGUCAUCAGAAAAACUACUUGAGUAAGAGUACAAAAGUAUUUACUUAAUUAAAAAAAAGAUGCGCCUGCAGCGUACUGUCUUUCCUCCCCCGAGUCUUUUGUUUGAUGUGGAAAUGUAUAUAAAGUUAAAGAAUUCAACAUUCACUGUAUUUAAAUGUAUUACUGAUGAAAUUACAUGUCAUCAUUUAUUGAUUAGAUAACCUGCCACUUAUACACCAGACAAUAUUCUGUAUCUCUCAAGUGAGAUCACUAAAUAUGACAUUAGUAUUAUACUUUAUAAUUAACCAAUAAGUAAAAGAAAAUUACAUUCUUUGCUUGUGGUCUCCUGUAUUAUAUUAUAAUUCGGCAAAUAAAUCAGUAAAUCAUGUGCAUAGUAGACGGUGUCUGUGAUGUCAGAAAGUAAAUAUAAAGAGUGUCAACAUGUUGCACUGUCCUAAAACUUUGGUCCUUCUAAUGUAGAUGUCCUACGUCCCAUCCCCGGUCCGGUCUAGAGACAAUAAGAUGAGAGAAAUGGACAAAUCAGUCUCUUGUCUUUGUGAAAAUGUCUCAUAUCCAGUGGCGGGCCGUGCAUUUUAUACCUGGGCCUUCACUGCUGUCCUGCAGCUGAAAUACCACCUUCUAACCACAUUAUGGCACCACCGCUAUUAAUCAUUUUUAAGGCUGUAACUAUGUACAUCUUCGUAUUAAACCUUUCAGUACAAGUCGU